AUGUCAUCAUCAGAAAAAUUAGAGAAAGAGGAGACCUCACUGUCGCCAGAGACUCAUCCUCGCAGCCACAUUCCCGACUGGAAAUGGAAAGGAACCCUUGCAGUUCUCAUUCUGACAACCCUGAUUAAUGGCUAUGAUGUGAGCAACGUCGCCAAUAUCCAGCCCGCCCUUUACCAGGCCUUCGGCAACAUUACGCUCUUGCCAUGGAUCAGCCUGUCCUUCAGUCUCGCCGUGUUUGCCGUACUAUCUCUCUCCAGGAAGAUUUUGUACUGCUUCGACAUGAAAUGGAUCUAUAUCGCUAGCGCUGUUGUUUUUAUGGCCGGUGCUGCUGUGGCUGGCGCAGCCCCGAAUCUCCCUGCGGUCAUUGUGGGACGAAUAAUCAUGGGUGUCGGUGGUGCUGUUGUUUACCAAAGCAAUUUGACGUUUGUUGCCGUCUUCGCCACGCCCGAUGAGACACCUCGUCUAUUCGGUCUGCUGAGCGCAACAUGGGCAGUGGGUCUCGUCAUUGGAGGUCCUAUCGGGUCCGCUCUCGCUUCGAACAGACACACCACUUGGCGAUGGGCUUUCUACAUGAAUCUACCCUGGGUAGGUCUCAGUCUUGCGGUCGCCAUUCUCUGCCUUCCUCGGAAAUAUUUAGGGCCAGACACUCCAUUAGCCUCCCGAUUGAUGGCCAUUGACCCACUGGGUAUCGUGUUCAACAUCACUACCCCAGUACUGUUCGCCCUAGCAUUGGAAUUCUCCGGUCCUGUGUGGGACUGGGGCUCUGGCGCGUCUAUCGCGGUCUGGGUGAUCUUCGGCGUCGUCCUGUUAGGAUGGGUAAUCCAGCAAUACUGGUGCAUUGGCACAACGCCUGAGCAACGCGCCAUUCCCCUUCAUUUGCUCAGCCGGGUUGACCUGUUUCCACUUUGGGUCGCGUCUGGCUGUGCGGGGGCGUCGUACGCCAUCACACUCUACUACACGCCACUCUUCUUUGCGUUCGCUCGCGGCCACAGCGCGAUGGAGCAAACUGUUCGCCUUCUUCCUUUCGUUCUGGUCUUCAUCGCCGUGGUCAUCCUCGUAGGGGGUUCGCUCCCGAUGUUUGGUCGCUACAACCUGAUCUAUAUCGUUGCUGGCAUUGCAACCGUCGCAGGAGCAGGUGCUAUGGCCGGCACACUGAGUCCCGAUGUCUCCGAGUCCCAGGUGCUAGGCUUGGAAGCCCUCAUUGGCGUUGGUCUUGGCUGUUCAUUCCAGCACGGGGUGGGUGUCUCAAAUGUGAUAAACAAGAACCCCCGCGACCGCGUCGAUAGCGCGGUCAUGUUCAACAUGGCGCAGAUGGGCGGCAUUGCAAUUGCUUUGGCGAUUGCGGGCUCGAUUUUCCAAAAUGUAGGGUACAACCUGCUGACGGACGCCAUUGGUGAUAAUGGGUAUUCGGAAAAAGAUCUGCGUGAGGCGCUUGCUGGUGUAUCGUCAGUAGUGUGGCAGUCCGACAACCCAGAAGUUCUUUCUCGUGGGAUUGAUGCCGUUGCCACUGUGAUUGGGCGGGAGUUUUAUUUAGUCGUGGCCGGCGGUGCCAUCUGUCUCGUCUGCGGGCUAGUGAUGAGAUGGGAGCGAUUGGACUAUGGUAGGGAUAAGAGCAACCAAGUCGAGACGUGA